CACUUUAUAGUUAUAAGAAGACGGGGAAUUUGUAAUUCGGAAGAAAUGGUUUGUGUGCCAUGCAUAUUACUACCCAUACUUUUGGCGAUAUACAUCAAAUUUAUCCAACCGGUCGUAUUCCGAUUAUUGCCUGAAUCAUGGAGGACAACAUUUGAUGCAGUAUUAUAUCCCACAUGUCCAGUCCCUUCAGCUCCUGCUCAAAAUGUUGCUGCUGCAGCAGACAAAGCUCCUGAUGUUCAAGGCGAAGAUGUCCAAAAAGCUGAUGAUUGCGGUAUGUGUACUGAUAGUAAUAAAAAAGACAAUUGAUAUGAUUCCCACCGACAAUCUUCCUGCGUAUUCUGAAUGGUACAAUUGUUUUUUUUUUUGUUUUUCUUACCA